UGUCCCGGAAGCGAGCAGAAGGUUGUUCGAAAAGGCUAUAUAUUCGAUGCAACGUAAGCGCCCGCGCACUGUCCGCUAAUCCGCGGUUGCUGUUGACACAUUGACCGUGAAUUUAAAAAUCAAAAUGCGUCGUUUGCUGAUUGCCGCCGCUGUGCUCGCGGUCGUCCGGGCCCGUCCCGGCCUUCUUUUUGCUCAACCCUUCCAUGCUAUAGGGGUAGAAUACGCCCCCCAAGUAGCACCAGCAGUCAGACCCCACCCUGCAGUCGAGCUGAAUGCGGCGAGUGAAGCCUUAUUGCCACGAGAACUGCUCAAAUCGAACGAUUUCUAUGACAAUCCAAUCGUUGCCUCUGGCUUAGCUAAGGAAUCAUGGUUCACGAAUAAAGAAAUGCAAGUGGUGGAAAGGGAAGCGGAGAAGAUUCCAAGGGAAAGAAUAUACCAUAUAGUAAAGAAUGCCGGUUUCUUAGAUAGGCAUUAAUUAAAUACAAACAAUGAAUGACCCACUGCCAUAUUUAGAAAUGUCCUUUAAUUUUAAUUAUGCUUAAGAGACAAAUAUAGUAAAAACUAAAAACGAUAUAAACAAAGACAAUCUUUGAUUGAAAAAAAAAUCUUAAUU